GACGUGCUGCCAAUCUAUGGUGACCUCAGUUGACCUUUAAAUUCCAGAUCCUCCUCCUCUUAAUGACUGGGGCCUCUCAUUUAAGUUCUGAGAGUAUUAUGAUAACUCGCUCUGAGGACAAACAAUGUCGUGUUUGCAUUGUGUCUCCUCUAAGGUCCACUGGAUCCUGCACAGUAUGUCCAAUGAGAUGUCAAGGAUUUUUGUGCAAACAAUGGUCUUAUGGUGUCAACAAGUGUUUUCCUCCAUGAUAUUAUUCUCAAAACUAUGUCAGGCUAGGCCGAAUGUUUAACUUCCAACAGGACAAUGUCCCUCAGCACACAACCAAGACACAGUAAAAGUGGCUUUGGGGACGACUCUGUGAAUGUCCUUGAGCUAAACCCCAGACCUGAAUCUAAUCAAACAUUUCUGGAAAGACCUGAAAAUGGCUGUCCACCAACAGUCACCAUCCAACCUGACAAAGGAUCUGCAGAGAAGAAUGAAAGACAAUCCUUAAAUCAAGGUUCACAUUCAGUGUUCACAGUAACCCUGGACUGUGAAGCAGGGGAAAAAAAUUGCAAGGUAGACAACAGCAUCAUUGUUGCAUGUAUUUGGUUUCUCGCGCACUAAGAGCAAAGCACGCUGCAAGGAAAGCAAGUCGUAAAAAAAGGACAACCAUGCAAAACAUCAGCAACUCCAUCAUUCAGCCUGCAGGAUUUUACAUUGUUGCACUGAGUUCAGUGCCUUACAAUAAUAUCUAUGUCAUGUUUCUCACUCUGCUUUAUGUGAUCACAGUCAUCUGCAAUGUCUUUCUGAUCACCAUCAUUUUUUAUGACCACCGUCUUCAUGUCCCAAAGUUCAUGGCUGUUGGAAAUCUGGCUUUGGUUGAUAUUGUUCUCAGUACCUCUCUUGUGCCUGGCAUGAUCAAAACUUACAUUGUUCUAGACAAUUUUGUACCAUUCAAACUGUGCCUUGUGCAAAUGUACACUUAUUAUGUUUUUUUAACCAUUGAACCAUUUUCCUUAUGUAUUCUCUCUUAUGACAGGUUCAUUGCAAUCUGUUUCCCUUUAAGACAAGAGUCUAUAAAUACAAACACCAGAAUGGCUUAUAUAAUCAGUGCAGUUUGGUUCUUUUGUAUUGUUAUAAUUCUCUAUGGCCCUUCAUCCAUACCAACUCUCUCAUUUUGUGGCUCUCUUAAGGUCAACAGCUAUUUUUGUGAUUAUGCUCCUGUUUUAAGACUCGCUUGUAGCGAUACGACAUCCCAGUGGAAUUUUGCUACUGCUUUAAUUAUACUCUUCAAUGCUGGACCUUUUAUUUUUAUUUUCUUGACAUACAUGGGUAUUCUGACCGCUGUGUUCAGAAUGAAAAAUAAUCAGAGCCGUUAUAAGGCGCUGGCCACGUGUACAGAGCACCUCAUAUUAGUGGCCCUUUUCUUCAUUCCUAUUUUUAGCAUCUUCAGUCUUGGAUUUUUUGGAAUUAUUAUAAACUCAAAUGUAAGAACAGUGUGCUUGUCUUUAUCAUCCCUUCUCACACCCUGCAUCAAUCCCAUCCUCUACUCACUGAAAACUAAAGAGAUUCGAAGCAGGAUUCAUUCAUUGUUAACCCAGAGACUGUCUGUUCAUCCUCUGAAAACUUCACAUUAA